UGGCGGACUGGAGAAGAAUGAUACAUGCUGAUAAGCAUAUUUAUUCAAAUCAUUCGUAAAAUAUUGAUUACAACAAUAGUCUGGGCUUUAUCUUCAUCUGCAAGCUCGGAUCAAUGAUUUAAUAUGAGAAAAAUAACUGAAUGAUCAUUCACGAGACGGGAAUGUAAUUUGACAGCACGCGCACGCAGCAUCCUGUUGCUCAUCAUGCGUCUGUAGAUACAUAACAACUGGCUAAAAUAGAUUAAGUUUUUAAAAAAUAAAAAAAUAAAUAACAACAAUUCUCUUGGUAGUUAAAUCAAGUGUCACUUUUUCUCCGCAAAAAUGAUGAAAAGCGUAGGAAAGCUGUUUGGGUUAAGGCGAAAAUGCGCGCCCCCAAAGUCUCGCAUUGACAAGAAAAAGACGCGCGUGAAUCCCAUUGAUAGUAUGCUGGAUGACAGCGACGAGGGCUCGUACGCCAGCACAACCAGCGUCAGUUCAGAGAGCGAGUACCAGAACUCCGAAGAGGAGCCCGGUUCCUCCGACAGCUCUUACAGAGCACGCGAGAGUGACGGGGACGACAGCAGCGAGACGGACGAGAAAUGCACCGUGUCCCGUCAAAAGAGGAAAAGACCAGCCCCCGCUCCUGCUGCUCUAGAUGACAGCUCCACUUCCAGCGAUUCUAGCGAUUCCUCCAGCGACGUCGGCGGAGAGCCGCUCAGGAGAGUACUGCAGAGAAAACGGCUCAGGCUGCCGGAGGACUCUGAGGACGAGGCUCUGCGGGAGAAGAAGAGAGAGGCAGAGGUAAAAGAAGCUGCUGCCAAGAGAAGAGAGAGAAAGAAUAAACUCAUGGAGCUGUCGAAGAGAAGAAAGUCGGGAACCCCGCGACGCAGGCGCAGGACGUUGGGUUCAGAAGAAGAGGAAGAGGAGAUCAAGGAGGACAAAGUUGAAGAGCAAAGUAAAGCAGACGAUACUGGUGAUGAAUCUAGUGUGGAAGACAACGACAAUCCUCUGAACAGCAGCGAGGAGGAAAAACUUGCUGAUAGUAGUGACAGUCUGAAGGAUUUUAUUGUGGAGGAAGAUGAACAGAAAAAUUAUAAAGAGCAGGAGGAAGAGGGGGAGAACAAAGACAAGGCCUUUCUCUCUCACCUUCCACGCCAGUUUAUCACAGGAUCUCAGCUCACCCACUUCCAGGUGGUGGUCAAAGCCUUGCUGAUCAAUGUACUGGACUCAACUUUCCUCAGUUCACUUUACAGUGGUGAACGAACAAAGCGAUACGCCCAGGAGAUGAAAUCGUCAUUGCUUCAUUUUGAUGAGCGAUUGGUUCUUCCCCGCCUGGAGAACCUGAAGCAAAGGAGCCGCUGGAAAGAGCGUUACAAAGAAAGGGUAGAAUGUUAUCCCAAGUUGCGGGUUUUGAUGGCAAGGACCCAGACGAAGGGAUGUGAAGCCUGUGAGCUUCACAGGACGGGCCGCUUCACCGUGCGGCUCUCUGGCCAGUUGUACCACAACAACACCCUGCAGGAGGACCAGUUCAUGCCUGAUGAUUACCAGAGUUUCUAUGUUGGCUCUGUCUGUGCCAGUCGUACUGAGGUCUACCAUGCCCUGAAGCACUUUAAAUACCAUCUGUUUGAGAGGUGUCGUACAGCUUUAGAAGCUCAGAAGGAAAUACAGGAAGAGGAAACAGGAGAGGACAACGAACCAGUUAAGGACACAGUCAACAAGGUGUUUACCAAACUGCAGGAUGGAGGCUGGAUCAGUGAGCAAUAUGAGAAGUUUCAGGAACAUCUCAAUUCUGCCGAUUACUUCCAGGAAGAAAAGCUGGACUGAAAAGAAUAAACUCAUCCUAAUGGCAUCGAUCUACCCUCUUAUUUUUGUAAAUAUUUUUUUUUUUUUUUUUUGUUAAAGCAUGGCUAACUUUCGGGUUUUUGAAAAGUAUGUGCCCUGAAGUUUUAGCGUUUUCAUUUUAUAAUCACACUGCUGUAUAAAUUGCUUCUGCAUGAUUGUUACAAAUUCAGUGCUGAGUACACAAUACUCAAUAUAUACAAACAAUAUUACAAGCUGCACCCCAAAAUGUAACAAAUUUGUCCAAAUCCUGAGGAUUUAAAAAUCAGGAAAAUACAGUAUUUUACCCUGAUUCAUUGUGCUUUCAAAGAUAUGUCUGUUUUUAAGCCUUCAUUUGUAAGUAAUCUCAUAUUAACACUUCUGCAUAAAUGCAUCCAAGCGAUUUUAGUGUUUCAUUGUUCUUGUAAUAAACAAGAUUCAUAACCAG